AUGGUUGUUGCAGAGUUCAAAUUUUGCAAUCAGACCAUCUCGCAUCCUGUUUCAGGAUCAAUUACUGUCAAGGAGAUGAUAAGUGUGGUGAAACAAAAGUGGCCCUAUGUUCCUGGAGACCUCAUUCUUUUUGGUUACACUGUAGAAGAGAUCUAUCCAGUUGCAUUUGGAAUUGUAGAAAGUGAAAAUUGUGAGAGUUGGCAAUGGUUCUUAACGAAUUUGAAGGGUAUUAUUCGUGAAGAUCGUCCACUGACCAUCAUAUCAUAUCGUGGAAUCGGCCUUUUGAAGCAUGUGCCUGAAGUCUUCCCAAAUGCUUUCCAUUCAUUCUGUUUGUACCAUAUGAAAGGAAAUAUUCCUGUUCCAAAGGGCAGGAGUAGACAAACUGCAGUCAAGUUAUUCGAAGAGUGCUACACUGCAUUAACAAAGGAAAUUUUUUAUGUUGCUGCGAAGAAUAUGAGUAAUCUAAAGUUGGAUUCAGUGGUUGCUUGGAUGAUGAAGAUUCCAUUCGAGAAUUGGGCUGCUCAUGCAUUUCUAGGAGAAAGGUGGGGUGAGAACACAUCUAAUAUUGCUGAGAGUUUUAACAACGCCAUUAAGCAUGAUAAGCCGCUUCCAACACUUGAGCUUGUUGAUGUUAUUCGUGCUAAGGUAAUGGAGCAGAAUUACAACAGGUUAGUGGAUUCUAACAAGUGGACUACAAGGCUCACUCCUCGUAUGCAAGCGAGGUUUAACAAGAUGAUAAACAACUGUAGUUCAUACAAGUUUCAGAGAGCAAGUGAGAAGGUAUUUGAGAUCAUUUCUCCAACAGGGAAGCAUACUGUUGACUUGGAUUCUAGAACUUGCAGCUGCAAAUGGUGGCUAAAACAUAGCUUUCCUUGCACUCAUGCAAUGAAAGAAAUGUUGCAGCUUGGAAAUGCUGAACCGUACAACUACAUUAUCCCUUACUAUACUUCUGACUACUAUAGAAGGUUGUACUCUCGACCCAUAUAUCCUAUUACUGACUCUGAGAAGCCACCUGGAAUUAAUGAAAAGGGGUAUAUUUUUCCUCCCACUGGUGGUCGAGAACAAGCUGGAAGACUUAAAGGUGUUAGGUACAUGGGUUCUCGUGAAAAGGUGCGCAAGAAGAGGAAGUGUGGCCAGUGUGGGAUGCUGACCUUUCACAACCGUCGAACAUGUCGCAGAGCUCCUUUGGCUCCUCGUGCACCAACGUUUCGCAAAGAGUCUCAUUCCAGGAUUAUCAACUUCUUGAAGAGGAUGUUGUUCUGA